AUGGUUCCUGACAGCAACUCUGUGAGCACCUCGGCGUCAUUGACCGAGGACGUAAAUAUUAGUUUUGAAAAUAUCACGCAUACUGUACGACAUAGCCUUCUUCCUACAGGAGGCAAGACGAUAUUGAAUGGAGUAAAUGGACAAUUUAACGCAGGCGAACUUAGUGUGAUCAUAGGACAAUCGGGCGCAGGAAAGAGCACUUUGUUGGAUAUCCUCGCAGGAUACACUGAUGCAACUGGUGGCAAUAUUUUUGUGAAUGGACGAUUGCGAAACGUUAAAUUGUUUCGGCGUCGCUCAUGCUAUAUACUACAAGAUGACAGGGUCCAAGACAUGCUCACGAUACACGAGUCCCUCCACUUUGCAGCAGAACUCAAAUUGGGCAACCAUAUUAGCACGGAACAGAAGAACGAAAGGAUAAAGGAAAUCGUCGAAUCGCUUGGUGUCAAAGCAGCUAUCAGGACGAGAGCAGCCAACUUGUCCGGGGGACAGAGGAAGAGGUUGGCUAUCGGCCUGGAACUAGUCAAUGAUCCACCUGUUAUGUUCUUGGAUGAACCUAUCAGUGGCCUAGAUGUGUCAACGGCAUACAGACUGAUCUUGCUUUUGCGAGGCUUGGCUCGUCAGGGAAGAACAAUCAUCAUAUCAAUGCAUCAGCCAUCAGCCACAUUACUGAAUAAGGUGGACAGGUUAUACGCCCUGGUGGAGGGGAGGUGUGGCUAUAUGGGAUCUGUCUCGCUACUUGUACCAUUCCUUGCUGAAAAUGGCUUGACAUGCCCAGCUUACCAUAAUCCAGUAGAUUUUUUUAUAGAAAUAUCAGAUCCCAAUGAUAAGAACAACGUCGUUGUCAAACAGAUGCUCGUUCAACAAUCGGAUAAUGGCAGAAAUAUUUCAUACUUACAAAAUACUGUAAUAGUCAAUGAUAAGGAUGAUGAACUUGUGUGUUUGUCAACAUUACCUUCGCCGAAAGAAGACCCAACGAACAAAAUAUUACUGGCACUGAAAAGUACAUAUCCAACAACUUCAUUAAAACAAUUCGCAAUACUCACGAGACGAACGCUAUUGACAAUAUGGCGCGACCCAUCCUUCGUACUAAUGAAUGUGAGCAUCCACAUAAUGAUGGGGUUGUUCGUGGGCUCUCUCUUCUUCAAAGUGGGAGGAGAUGCCAAGUACAUGAGAGACAACUUCAACUUUCUCUACUUCAGUCUCAUGUUUCUCAUGUUCACUGCGUUUAGCAGCGCCACUGUACGAUUUCCAGAUCAAGUGCCAAUCGCACGCCGGGAACAUUUCAAUCGGUGGUACAACACAGGUGCCUAUUUGGGCUCCACUUUGGCCUCAAUACUGCCUAUGCAGACUAUCAGCACUUUGUCCUUUUGCCUCAUCACCUACCUGCUGACUGGACAACCGCUGGAAAGUCUGCGAAUAGCUCAGUACUGUUUCACACUUAUUCUGGUUUCGUAUGUGGCUGUUUGUGUGGGACUGUUCAACGGCUCUCUGUUUACUGUUAAGAACGCUGUGAUCUUCGGACCAUUCCUGAUAAUGCCCUUCACAGUAUUUUCUGGAUUUUUCCUGAAAUUCGAUGACGCACCAGCCUUUUUCCAAUGGAUAUUCCAUAUAUCCUUUUUGAAGCACGGUUUGGUUGGUUUAGUGCUCUCCAUUAUGGGAAUGGAGCGGCCGAAACUCGCGUGCACGGACACAUACUGCCAUUAUGCGAAGCCUCGACAGUUUUUGAAAGAUUAUGGUAUGUUACACGAGACAUUUUUAGUUGCAUUUGGAGCUUUAGCCAUUAUUGGCGCGGUAGUUAUUAGUUUGACGUACUUUAUACUGAAAAUACGGUUAAAAUUUAAAUGGUAA